CGGAGGCGCUGUCGGCGUCCAGAUAGCAGUGUUGCUGCAGUAACGACCGGAGCCAGAUCCACUCUUUAACUUUCAAAAUGGAGUCGACGUCGAAGAGCGGCACGUGAACAAGGAGCGAUGAAGUUUCCGAGGUCGGGUGCUCGGUGAUGCUCCAUCACAAAAGGCAACCGUACAGGAGUGGGUCGGCUGGCAGGACCUUGCUCCUCACCGUCUGUCUGUGUCUUUUGCUGUGUUACGUCGUGGUCGAUCUACAGAUGACGUGCUAUCGUAACGCUAGCCGUAACGAAGAAGGUUCAAAUGGCCACUACAAGCCUUCGAACCUGGAAAUUUCGGCUCCUACGCGGCAAGCUUUCGAAGUACGUCGCAAAUUAUCGUCUCAUCGGCGUAGUCGACAGACUCAGGACGAUUACGACGACAAAAUUGCCCUAGCGGUUAAAAAAGGCGCGGGGUUGCAACGUCGCCAGCCCGGAGCGAUCAUCAUCGGCGUGAAGAAAGGUGGGACGAGAGCCCUCCUCGAAUACCUCAGGCUACACCCGGACGUUAAGGCUCCCGGUCCGGAACCGCAUUUCUUCGACAGGUACUACUACAAAGGCUUGGAAUGGUAUAGGAAACAAAUGCCACUAAGCUAUCCGCACCAAAUGACUAUAGAAAAAACGCCUAGUUACUUCGUAACUCCAGAGGUUCCCGCUCGUCUACACAAUAUGUCACGCGACAUUCGAUUGUUAGUGGUGGUGCGUGAUCCCGUUACGCGUGCUAUAUCAGACUAUACUCAGGCUGUAAGUAAACGCCACGACGCGGGUACCUUCGAAGCUAUGGCAUUCUUGAAUGGGACCACGGGUUUAGUGGACACGUCGUGGAGUGCUAUUAAGAUCGGUGUCUAUGCCAGACAUUUGGAAAGAUGGCUGCAAUACUUCCCACUCAAACAAUUCCACUUCGUUAGCGGCGAGAGACUCAUCAGCAAUCCAGUGCUGGAAAUGAGCAAAGUGCAAGAUUUUUUAGGAUUGAAGAGGUAUAUCGGAGAGAAGCAUUUUUCUUUCAACUCGACCAAAAAAUUCCCUUGUUGGUGGAAAUCUGAAGACAGCGUUAUACCUCAUUGUCUGGGUAAGACCAAGGGUAGGUCGCACCCUUUCAUCCAUCCAGCAUCUGUGCAAAGACUUCGCGAUUUUUAUCGUCCAUUCAACAUGAAAUUUUAUAGGAUGGUCGGCCAGAAUUUCAAUUGGCCCUGAUCGAUUUCCGUCCUUCUCUACAAAGAACUUUGAGUGAAUUCGCGAUCACUCGACUUAAAAAAGUGCCAAAUUAUUCAAGAACAACUUCUCUCGAAACAAAACUGGCUUCUCUGUAGGCUUCGAGAACUUAAGUUUAGAUUUUCAUUGUUGAAUAAGAAAGGGGCAAUUUCAAAACCAAUCAAAACUCACGAUCUAUUGAAAUUCAUACGCCCUUUUAACCUUUAUUUAUAUACAUUUCCGGCCAAGUAAAUAUCGAAAUCAAAAUUGGCUCAUAAGAAAUUUAAGAAAAUGAAAUAGAAUAGAGAACUUUGAGGUAAUAUUCCGAGCUUACAUUAAUAGAAAAACAUUGUUUAGGGUGAGCUCGAGAAUUUCACGUCAAGAGAAAAUGUUGUUUGAGAUAGACUAGACUCGCAAAAAGUCAAAAAGUUUUGAGGUAUUUUGAGGAAUGAGAGCCUCAGAUUAAAUAGAACACAUGAUUUAAAGAGAAACUGAGCUUGAGAUAUGGAUCUCGUAUCAAAUCGAAAAACAUUGACGUGAAAUCAGAGAGCCUCAUGAAACGGAAAACAUUAUAUGAGGUAAGACUGAACCUCACGCCUACAUGUUGCAGAGUUAUCUAAGAAACAGGAGGAAGAACAAGAAUUUCCUGAAAGUAGAGUAAACUACUUUGAGGAAAUUUCUCUUUUAAUCUCCCACAACUCCAAAUUAAAGAGGAAAGUAAAUGGUGUAAGUAAAUUUAAAGUGGCUUUUGUUUGAAGAGGCCCGUUAGAGAACUGCCCGAGGAUGGACUUACGGGUUGAUCUCAAUCAAAGCUGUAUUUAUUAUUUUAGUGUAUAGAAAAAAAUUCGCGUAAUAAUUUAUUUUAAGAUUAGGGUAUUGUUCUCUUAGCAAAAAGGUCCAGACGGCAAUUGAGGGUUGUUUCUUCUAUAACAUUAUUCCUUGAAAGGUCGAAGGUGGACAGAACAGACAAUAAAGUGCUUCUCGCUCCGAGAUUCUCCAUCCACGAAUGCAAAAGGUCAAGUAGAUUCUACCCGGAGCCUUGGUGAUGUAAAUGCACAACACACGACUAUAAAUGACAAAUUCCCGGCUUUACACUGACUUUUAUACCUGAGUUAUCGUUCUUUUUGAAUCAGGAGGAUGUUUUUUGAGCAGUGUAAUAUGUGAAAAACGUUCUUCCCCUUGUUAUUUUGCGUGCAAAAUUGUAAAUUUUACACUCGGAAAUUUAUUGAACUAGUAAACCACUGUAGGGUAAUUCAUA